CCGUUGCUCAGUUUACGAGUUGACUUUAAACAAAGCGCACGCGCGAAACUACGCUCCGUCCGUCGACAGAGUCGCUAUCUGUAUUAUUUUUUGGUCUCCUGUCUGAAAGAGACCCUGCGGUUUGGAAGGACCUUCGCGAGGGCGCGCGCAAUCUUCCGCAAUUUCGCGAUUUUAUUAGCAUCAAGUUGGCGGUGGCGAUCUUCGGAUCUUCGGUGUACAAAAGUGAAUCAACAGUUGGGCAGAAACGCAAUUCGCUGCUUACACUCGAGCGGACGUGAGCGGUUUUGGUUCGCUAAACCCCCGUCAAAACCCAUCCAAUCGGGACACAGAAGGAAGAAAUUGGAUUAUACGGCUUUAUCGCGACUGUAAAUUAAAAUUUACGAUCGGCUUUUAUGGAUAAUUUUAUCAGGAUAAUUUAAUUUAAGCGCAAACGGGAAAAAACACAACGCCAGAAUCGGGCGGCGAAUAAAAUUGACCGUUCCGGCGGCGGCCAAGGCAGCAGCAAUCCGGCAGUUUGUAGUGUGAGGUGUGUUUUGUUGUUAUAUGCGUUGAGUGCUGUGAAACAAGCGAUAUGAAAAAGGACUUGAUCAGGUCUUUCGAAAGUGAUCUCCUGGCACACGGAGAAGAAGAAGUGAGAAAAGGAAAAUAAAUUGAUAAGAAAGUCAGAUAAUGUGAAGUGAAAUUUAUUCGUCUGCUUAUGCCGUUGAUGAGAAGAAGAAGAAGAAGAAAAGGGAGUGAGAGAGGUGAAUAAAACGGAUCGAAAACAGCGAUCAUCGAGAUCAAAACAAGAGUGAGCGUCGGGGUUCUCGCAGACAGCAUCCGGGGCCCAGGAAAACAGUGCAAAACGAACCGAGAAACAAUUAUUUAUUCAGACAUGUCCAGAGCAAAUAUGGCGGUGUUUUUCAAAUUGGUUGCCAGCUGAACGGCCAGAGGAGUUGUGGGUUUCGAACCUGAUCGAGUUGAGUAGAGUGUUCCGAUAAAGUGUAAAAACACUUGGGGCCACCAGUGACCCUGGGCUGGCAAAAUUGCCAACCAACGAAGAUGCGUUCCUCGCCGGCCUUGUUGUCGGUCCUGUUCGGCACCAUUUUCGGUGUCUUCGGUGCAUCGCUGAGCAAAUCCCUGCUCUCGCAGGCUCCCGACGAGUGCCGGUGGUCCGGUUACAAUGACGAUGAUCUAACGCUUGUGUGUAGACUAAGAACUAUCAACAGUGAGCUGGAGAAUACGAAUUUCAGUGUGCUUCAUCCGGAAAAUACGGUCCGCUUGCGGUUGCAGUGUAACGAUGGACUGUUUUUCCAAUCUAGUUUAAGUCCGGGCAGCUUCCGGCAGCUGUCCGAGUUACGAUCGCUCUCGAUCGAGUACUGUAAAAUAGCAAACCUCAGCGAUGGUUCCUUCCGAGGUCUCAAGGAACUGACCAAUCUGACCCUGCGCACUCACAACACCGAUUGGUCCUCGGUUAGUCUGGAGAUCGCGCCACACGUCUUCAACGCCGAACUGUCCAAACUUGAGCAGCUCGAUCUGAGCCAAAACAACAUGUGGUCGAUCCCGGACGGUAUGAUCUGUCCACUGACAAAGCUAGAAUAUCUGAAUCUGACUCAGAAUCGCCUGCGAGAUCUAUCUGUGUUUCACUUCAGCGCAUCGCUCAGUACGCGGUUAUCGAAGAAGUGUGGCAGUGUGAUCACAACACUUGAUCUUUCCCACAACAACAUUGACAACUUGCCGCCAGCAAUCUUCUCUGGGCUCGGAAAACUAACCGAACUUCGGCUGCAAAAUAACGGACUCAAUUUCAUCGCUGACCGAGCGCUGGAAGGACUCAUCUCGCUCUCCAAACUCGACAUCUCGCUGAACCGACUAACGAAUCUUCCUCCCGAGCUUUUCUCCGAGGCGAAACACAUCAAGGAAAUCUACCUGCAGAACAACACUAUCAACGUUCUCGCUCCCGGUAUCUUCAGCGAACUUCAACAGCUACUAGUGCUAGAUCUGUCCAACAACGAGCUCACCUCCGAGUGGAUCAACUCAGCCACCUUCAAGGGCCUUUCGCGGCUAAUCCUGCUUGAUCUAACUAACAACAAGAUAUCGAAGUUAGAGCCGGCCAUCUUUCGGGAUCUCCUCAAUUUGCAAAUUCUCCGACUGCAGGAUAAUUUCAUCGAAUCUAUCCACGAGAACACCUUCUCCGAGCUGACCACUCUUCACACGCUCGUCAUCUCCAACAACCGUCUCUCCAACAUCGAACACUUCACCUUCCAGGGUCUGAGCCGGUUGUCACUGCUAUCCCUCGACUAUAACCGCAUCUCGCGCAUCGAUAGGGUGGCUUUCAAGAACCUCUCCGCGCUGCAAGAUCUACACCUGAACGGGAACAAGCUGCUGCAGGUGCCGGACGCUCUGUACGACGUUCCCCACCUGCGAACGCUGGAUUUGGGCGAGAAUCACAUCAGCAAUAUUGAAAACGCCAGCUUCAAGGACAUGAUCCACAUGUACGGUCUCCGGCUGACCGAGAACAAUAUCGAGCACAUUCGCCGGGGCACUUUCGAUGCGAUGAAGUCCCUCCAGAUCCUGAAUCUCUCGAAGAACCGCUUGAAGCGGGUGGAGCAAGCGUGCUUCGAUAACAACACCAAUCUGCAAGCCAUCCGACUGGAUGGAAACUAUCUGGCUGACAUCGCGGGGCUCUUCACCAAGCUGCCGAAUCUGGUUUGGCUCAACAUAUCGGACAACCAUCUGGAGGUGUUCGAUUAUGCGCUCAUCCCAACCGGUUUGCAGUGGUUGGAUAUUCACGCGAACAAAAUCGCCGAGCUGGGGAACUAUUUCGAGAUCGAGAGUCAGCUGGCGCUGAGCACGAUCGACGCCAGCUCGAAUCAGCUGACCGAGAUCACGGGCAGUGCCAUCCCGAACAGUGUGGAGUUGCUCUAUCUGAACGAUAAUCUGAUCUCGAAGGUGCAGUCGUACACGUUCUUCAAGAAGCCCAAUCUGACGAGGGUCGAUCUGUUUGGAAAUAAGAUAACCACGCUGGAUCCGAAUGCGCUGCGGAUCUCGGCGGUGCCUGAUGACAGGGCCCUGCCGGAGUUCUACAUCGGUGGAAACCCUUAUCAAUGUGAUUGCAAUCUGAAUUGGCUGCAGAAGAAUAACGUGGACUCGAGGACGCAACCGAAACUGAUGGACCUGGACAGCAUCUAUUGCAAGCUGCUGUACAACCGGGGCCGGACAUACGUUCCCCUGGUGGAGGCGCUUCCCAAUCAGUUCCUGUGCAAGUACGAGACGCACUGUUUCGCGCUGUGCCAUUGCUGUGACUUCUACGCGUGUGACUGUAAGAUGGAGUGCCCGGCGCGGUGUACCUGCUAUCACGACCAAAGCUGGACCUCGAAUGUGGUGGACUGCUCGAGGGCGGACUACGAGGAUAAACUGCCGGAUCACAUCCCGAUGGAUUCGACGCAGAUUUAUUUGGAUGGGAACAAUUUCAAGACGCUCUCGAGUCACGCCUUUUUGGGGCGCAAAAAGUUGAAGAUCUUGUUUAUGAACAAUAGCAACGUGGAGGUGAUAAGCAACAGGACCUUUUAUGGGCUGAAAGAGCUGGAAAUUCUGCAGUUGGAUCACAAUCAGAUUUCCGAACUGAAUGGGUUCGAGUUCGUGGGGUUGGACCACCUGAAGGAGUUGUUCCUGCAGUACAAUCGUAUCUCGGUGAUCGCGAACCAAACGUUCGAUCAUUUGCAUAACAUGAAGAUUUUGCGACUGGAUCACAACCGAAUAGUGGAGUUCAACAUGUGGCAUUUGACGAAACAGCUGACCGAUUUGCGACUGGCGUCGAACCCAUGGUCCUGCGAUUGUGAGUACGUGGAGAAAUUCCGCGAGUAUCUCAAGACGUACGAUUUCGUCAAAGAUAAGCUGAAAAUUAAAUGCACGGUAACGCUUGGGUCGGCCAAUGACACUGCGCUGGCUGCGAUAGGAUCGGUGAAUGGAUCGUUGGGCCAAAGCGCUGGUCAGCAGCUGAGUCCGAGGGGAGUCCCGCUGGAUGGCAGUGGGGAGUCUCAGUCCGGUGGAGGUGGUUUCUUGAUUUAUUUGGACAACAGUACGACAUUGUGCAGUGGUGCGGUUCCUCUCGAUAACAUCAUCAACGGAAACCUGACAUCGCGCAAGACCGUCUUAUCGCCACCACCGAUCGAAGGCUAUAUCCCGCUGUUGGUGGCUGCGCUCUGUGGCUUCUCGGCGAUCAUCAUUCUUACGCUGAUUGUGUUCGUCUUUCGGCAGGAGAUGCGUGUUUGGUUUCAUUCGCGCUUUGGCGUCCGGUUGUUCUACAGAAACGCGGACAUGGACAAGAACGAGAGGGAUAAACUGUUCGACGCGUUCGUGUCCUACAGCUCGAAAGAUGAGGCCUUUGUGGCCGAGGAGUUGGCACCGAUGUUGGAAAAUGGUGAUCCAUCUUACAAGCUGUGUCUGCACUAUCGGGACUUUCCCGUAGGGGCGUACAUAGCGGACACAAUUGUCCAGGCGGUUGAAUCGUCACGACGGACCAUUAUGGUGCUGUCCGAAAAUUUCAUCAAAUCCGAAUGGUGUCGGUUCGAGUUCAAAUCGGCCCAUCACCAGGUGUUGCGUGAUCGCCGGAGAAGACUGAUAGUGAUCCUGCUGGGAGAGGUCCCCCAGAAGGAUCUCGACCCGGACAUACGGUUGUACUUGAAAACCAACACCUAUCUGCAGUGGGGCGAUAAGCUGUUCUGGGAGAAGUUGCGCUUCGCGCUGCCGGACGUUCCGAACAACCAGCGGCAUCGGCAGCAGCAGUCGAUCAACAUGACUCAUUCUAACAUUCGAAAUAACUAUCAGCUUAGUCGAACGCCAAAUAAUAGGAAUAACACCAACAACCAGUUGAUCAUGCUUCAGCAGCAGCCUCCGCCGCAGCAGCCAGACCCCAGGGGGGGAGUGCGACAGCAGCAGCAACAAGAGCACUCGUCUUUUCAGCAGCAGCAGCCACUUCCGCUGCCUGGGUUGGCCCAGCAACCGCAGCCACCGCAAAUACUGCAGCACCAGAGGCAGCAGGAGCUCCAUCAGCUCCAGCAGCAACAAAAUCAGCAGCGGGGGGCAACCAAUGCUUCGCCCCGGACCGUGGGGAUUCACAUAUGAUCCCCCCGUUCCCCACGGCAAUCUAGUGUGAUAGGACUCUGUAUAAACAAAUAAUUGGAAACAACUGAUUAGUGAAAUUUAGAAUUUUCCAGAAAUGAAAAACAAAUGUGAUAUUUAACAUUAAGUCAGUUAAGUUAUGAGCCGUACUCGAAGGGCGCGACUGUGUAUAAAGUGAACUCUCCCUCUCUCUCUAAGCUUAAGCUAGCCCGCUAAACAAACAAGGUGCAAUUCUAUCCCCUGGUGGGAAACCCACGAUAGCGCACUCAAAUGAAAUGGAACAAAUGACAUUUCUGUGAAAGCUCUAACAAGUGGAUCGACGGCAUCCGGCAUCGGCUGCCAUUAUCGUGUGUAACAGUUUGUGUGUGAGUGAUAUUGCCCCCCUUCAUGUGAACCCGCAUCCCGCAAAGAUCUUCAAAGUAAAUUAAAGCAAAAACAACAAAACAAAAAAAAAUAAGCUCUAUGCCAGUAGUUACAAACACAAAUCAGAUGCAAAUUAAGGUGGCACAGGUCCGCAGCCGUAAACUAGUGAACGAACCGAAGGGGAGCGGAAGAAAAAAGUAGUUGAAGGCAGCAGCAACAACAAAAAAAAAAGCUGUUGCUCGUCGUUUUAUUCCCGUCAUGAAAAUAAUUGCUACAUCGAUAGAAGAAGCCCUAUCGCUCCGGCCUAAUGACGGUGUCUGCUUCAUUUUUGCUCCAAAGUGGAUGAAAAUAAAUGAAAAAUGGUGUGUGUUGUGCUCCCCACAGUGGAGAAAGAAGAGGGGGAGGGGGGCAUCAAGCAGCGAAAUCAAAGCAGAGCCCGAUCGCAAUUUAAUAAUGAUUGUGACAUUCCCCCGAAGUCGUCGUCGUUACGCGCAACCUCCAACCGCCGCGUCUGCUGCCUAGCUUUGCGCGACCGAGUUGACAACCGGCCACAGCUGCUGAGCUUUAUUACACACGAUCAUCAUCAGCAUAAUCAACGUUUAUUGUACAACAUAUGUAUCCGAGCGAACCGAUCCACUUGUGUUGUGUGUGUCCACAAAACAGAGCAAGGGGGAAGCAAAAGGCAGUGUGUGGCCCUGGAGUGGAUGGCCAACAAUUACCACUAGCACCAUUACCAACACCGAGGCAGCACCUCACAACAGAGCAGUCGGUCGCAUCGGUCGUCCCCGACGACGAUCCAGGGAAUGUUAUACAACACCAUGCAAUGGCAAACAGCGCACCAAGAACCGAGUCGACCAGGGUUUUUUUUUUCGUCGCUUCAGUUGCGCUACCGCAGCAGCUACCACUCUUCAAUAUCAGGUCCCCCUCUCCUGCCCAGGGAGGAGAUUGCUCGGAGCAAGGUUUCUUCUUGUAUCUGUUUUUUAUUUAUUUAUUUUUGCGCUUAUUACUGUUAUUAUUUAUGGUUUCUCGUUCAAAGAACCAGGGCAAGAGUAAGGACACAAAGAUGCCUGUUAUAAUAUUUCAUUGCCAGGAAUGUGUAUAUCUUCGAGAGUAACUGUACCCCCAGCCAGCAGUAGCUUUUUGCGGCGUCCAAUGCUAUUUAGGAGACAAUAUUCAAAUAAUCAUUUCCUUUCCUUUCAAUUACGGCACACAAUUCUGCGAACCACCGUUCGUUCACACCGACAGUUGCACCUCGAUUCAGUUAGUUCUUUCUCCUCCUCCUCCUCCGUAUCUCGCAAAACAAGAAAUGCCAUCUGUUACAUUCCAUUGGUUAGGUGUUUGGGGUAGCCCUCGCGCAGCAAUUGUUAACGCAAAUGACGUCCUAAUGUAUAGUCAAACUACGAAUACGAAUAGUCGCAUGAAGUGUGUGAUUUUUGGAAUGUGUCUCAGUGUUUCGUUGAAGAAGCCUUGUACUGUUAGAUUAUUUGUUUUAUUUUUUGUGUAUAAAAUGCAACGCUAAAGACUUUCGGCUGAUAAGGUAGGAACAAAUUGAAUUGUAAAUUUUCUCUCGUGUGUGCGAAACACUAAUACGCCGUGUAAAUUGUAAAUUUUUGUAUGGAUGAAUAUUUAUAAAAUUACUCCUGAAGAAGAAUGUAUAAUAAAUCUUACUGUAACAAAA